AUGAAAAUAUUCGUUAGUUCCCUCGAUGCUCCUGUGGGAUACACAACACCUAAAUUCCCAUCACUAUAUUGGCCCUUAGGCUCACAAACCGCUCAGUACCAACGACUGUUCUUGUACUACCUGUAUGAUGUAUGGAAGUUCACCGUGUUCUGGUUCUUGAUUUUGUUUGGAGGAAUACAUGCGAUAGCUGCAACCAUGGCAAUCUUCAAUCAAAAUUUCAGCUUGUAUCGACACAAAAUUUCCGCCUAUAAGCUCAAUGUUUUUUGGGCCGUGCUGAUAUUUGUCACAUACCUAGUGAUAGGUUUGGUGCAGGGCCUUGCUAGCGGAGCCGUCAUAGGAUUGCUUCUACAGGCUAUUUAUCAUGCUGGUUCACUUACCAUGAGUACUUGGAUUCCCUUUACUUGGAGCGCAGUGGGAACUGUGUUUCUCGUAUGUAUGGGAUAUCUGACGAGUUCCAUAAUACUAUAG